AUGCAGAAGCAGAUCUUUGUGAAGACCCUCAUGGGCAAGACUAUCACCCUUGAGGUCAAGCCCAGUGACAUCGUUGAGAAUGUCAAAGCCAAAAUUCAAGACAAGGAGGGUAUUCCACCUGACCAGCAGCGUCUGGUAUGUGUUAGCAAACAGCUGGAGGAUGGCCGCACUCUCAGACUAAAACAUCCAGCAACAGUCCACCUGCACCUGGUGCUGCGCCUGGGAGGUGGCAUUAUUGAGCCUUCCCUCCACCAGCUCGCCCAGAAAUAUAACUGUGGCAAGAUGAUCUGCCAAAAGUGCUAUGAUCACCUGUACCCCCAUGCUGUCAACUGCUGCAAGAAGUGUGGCCACACCAACAACCUACUCCCCCAAGAAAGUCAAAUAAGCUUCUGCCUUCCUCAAAGGGCAGCCUCCUGCCCAGGACCCAUGGCCCUGGAGCCUCAAUAA